GAGAGGCGAGUCUCCUUCCCUCCUGCGCUUGUGUCUGCUACCACGCGCCGCUCCGCUAUCAAGAGGAAAGCUUCUUCGUCCUCCCUCUCCCUGCAGAAAAGACACUAUACGCAAAAUGGCCGACCAGGAGAUGGAACAGCAGGACUUCACCGAGGACUACAGCGGAGGCGACUUCCAGGAGAACGGGUCCGGGGCGGCAGAGAGCCAGGAGGGCGGCGGGGAGGGCCAGACCGGCGAGGUGCAGGACAGCGGCGCCGCCGAUGCCCCUGGCCGCGACGAUGACAGGAAACUUUUUGUUGGUGGCCUGAGCUGGGAAACCACAGAAAAGGAGCUACGUGAACACUUCAGCAAAUAUGGAGACAUUGAAAGCAUUAAUGUUAAAACAGACCCAAACACUGGCCGUUCCAGAGGCUUUGCAUUUAUCGUCUUUAGUGUAGGAGAAGCUGUUGAUAAGGUUAUUGAGUCUGGUGAUCACGUCAUAAAUGGCAAAAAAGUUGAUCCAAAGAAGGCAAAGGCUCGCCAUGGCAAAAUCUUUGUUGGUGGCCUUAAACCAGAACUUUCUGAUGAUGACAUCAAAAACUUCUUCAAUCAGUUUGGUAACAUUAUUGAAGUGGAGAUGCCAUUCGACAAACAAAAGAGCCAACGCAAAGGAUUCUGUUUCAUCACCUUCGAUCAAGAGUCUGUGGUCACAGACCUUCUCAAGACCCCAAAACAAACAAUCAAUGGUCAUGAUGUUGAUGUAAAGAAAGCCACACCAAAGCCUGAUGCCAUGAUGAGAGGAGGCAUGCGUGGAGGUAUGAGAGGAAGAGGAGGCAUGAGGGGACGCGGCAGAGGCUGGGGACAGGGCUGGAACCAAGGUGGCUAUGGAUACAAUCAGGGAGGGUACGGCAGCUAUGGAGGAUAUGGUGGUUAUGGUGACUAUGGCUAUGGCAGCUAUGGUGGUUAUGGCGACUACGGCUAUGGUGAUUAUAACUAUGGUUAUGGAUAUGGAUCUGGCAAUUAUGGCUCUUACCAGGCGGGCAAGGGUACAGCGGGGGGAAGAGCCAGCAUGGGAGGCAGCAGGCGAGGCACCAGCCGUAUUGAACGUGAUUAUGGCUACAACCAGAACGCCAAUUGGCACAGCGGAGACAUGUACUAGCACCGAUCCUCGUCAAGUCCUCAACUCGUCAGUCCUCUACUGCUUCUGGCUCCCACGACGAUGGUAUACUUAGAAAGCCAGAUUUUGGAGAAUUUAAGAUUCAAAAAAAGGUAAUGCACUCGUGUCGCAUUUUGGAUAACGGUUCUUGAAGGUAUUAGCUUCCCUAGGAUAUGACGAGGUCUUUCCCUUCCCUCUCCUUGUCUCUGUGAUGAGGGUAUCCUAGUGGAAUACAGGGCCUUCUGUGAUAGGACUGAAAGUUAGUGGAAGUGGUGUUUUAGUUAAAGAAGUGAAAACAGUUUUGGAUGUGUACCUGCUGAUGAAUAUUCAGUGUCGUGGAACUUUCAAGUGACUGCCAGACCCAGGUUCUUGUUACUGGGAGUUUCAAUCCUAUUCCAUUGAAUGAAGGAUGAAUAUUCAAAGGUCAUUUUUUUUCUUUAUCAGAAUUGAGUUAAAUUCUGGAGUAUGCACAUGGUAUCAUGUCAACCAAAAUUGAUUAAGUGCUUACAUUUGUAUUAUUUUUUGUACGGAGAAUAAUAUACACAUGGAGGUAUAUUUUUGGCCUUUUAUUUAUGAACCUCAACUGAAAUUUAUUCCUAGACUUGGUAUUAGAGAUUGUAUUUUCACAUGUACGACUAAUUUUUGUAUAUAGAAGCUGUAAUAUUCUAAUAAAAUGUAGGUACAUUUAGACUUUUUAAAAUUAAGGGAAUCCCAUGGAAAGUUGAUUUCAAGGUGGUUAAACUGUUCAAAUGUAAUUAGUGUUAAUUUACAGUUCUAGAUGAAAUAUUUUGGGAUCUAAUGUAGUUACGAUGAAGUCAGCAGAGGCAAAUUUGAACUUUCCAGGUAACCAAAACCUAUUGAAAUUUCAUAAUCUUAAGAGCACUUACCAAAUGAAACCUACAAAACAAAUGGUUUGGAUGCUUGGACCAUCUCUAAUAAUGACAAUCAAGUUGGUAUUCAUUUUGUUUAUUUAAAAGUUGUGUAAUGUUUUGUAAAGUAAGAAGAGAUUUGAAAAUGCAGUUUGUAGUAUUUUAUAAAGUCUGUCCACAUUUUUUUGUCAAAUGGUACUGAACAUUGCUUGAAAUUGGAAUGGAACAAGUCUUUGAAGUUACCCAACAUUUUCUACAUUGAAGAAAGUAUCUGAACAUUACACUAAAGGGUAACUUUGUUUCGUAAGUACUUGAUAGCGUUUUUGCUAUUAGCAGUAAUGAUAAUUUUACUUAUUGGUUACAUAACAUUUUUGCCAUAAAUUUGAAAUCGAAAACCUGGUAUAGUAUGGGACAAAUUAUAAAAGUUUAGUACAAGCAUUUUAUGCACUGUUAAAACAAAACUUUGUUAUUUAAGCUGCAUCUAUUACACAUGCUAACUUCCAGUAGCUAAAUAUUAAGAGCCAAUCUAGAUGGAAAAUCUUAGAGAUUGGCUAGUCAAGUUUGACUGAAGGCUAAGUUUAUGGUCAUAUUCCCCUCGGGGAAAUUGUAGUCCCUUCUGAAUUAUUGACGACUGUAAAUCAUAAAGGGGUAACUCUAUAUUUUAAAGUUUUUGUAAUGGAUUUCAUUAAAAUGUAAUAAAGUAAUUGUGGUUCUAAUGGUUUUCAGCUGACAAUAAAACCUAUAUCGUA